AAGCUGCAAUUCCCGGCAUGCCCUGCCACAGGUGCAUAUGGAAACUGCAAUGUCCAGACCAGUUGUCUCUCCAACCCACAUCAAUCCUACAGCCUCUGAAGCAUUCACAGUACUUCAGCAAAGAAUGAGAAUAGUUGAAGAACAGACCAGUUCUCUGAGAGAUGACCUAAUAAUGUUUAACUUUGGUGAAAAAAGAGGCCACUUGGAACCUCCAAAAUGUUUAGAAGAACCUGUGAGUCAGAACAGCAUUAGUCCUAUCCAGAAUGAGGUAAUUUGUUCGGGAAAAACAGAUAUUUUAUGGAGGAACUGUGAGUUUCUGGUAAAUCGAAUGUGCCAUCUGGAACGCCUCAUCCAGUCCUUGAAGAUGAACAUCUUUCGUCUGCAAACUGACAAGGAUUUGAAUCCACAGAAAACAGCUUUUCUGAAGGAUCACCUGACUAUAAUACAGGAAGAACAUUCUAAGGACUUGAAGCUAUUGCAUCUUGAAGUAAUGAAUUUGCGCCAGCAGCUGAGAGAUGUAAAAGAGGAAGAAGACAAGGCACAAGAUGAAGUGCAAAGACUGACUGCCACUCUGGAGAUUGCUUCAGAGACAAAGAAGAAUGCAGCCAUUAUAGAAGAAGAACUGAAAUCCACAAAACGUAAAAUGAACCUUAAAAUUCAGGAGCUAAGGAGACAACUGUCUCAGGAGAGGCACCUAAGGGAAUCUCUUGAGAAAUCUGAAUCAGCCAUGCUACUUAAAAUACAAGAAAUGGGAUCAACAGUAGAGGUGGAAAGGAAACAGGUGCAAAUUUUGCAGCAAAACUGCAUUGCCCUACGCAAUUCUAUACAGACCACCCAAGAACUACUGACACAGGAGCAACAAAAAAAAGGAGAGCUGGAGACAACCACAUCACAACUCAAGUCUGUUCUAAUUUCUAGAGAUGACCUCAUUUCUAAGUUGGUUGAAGAAAACAAGAAUGUGCAGAUGUCUUUCAACAAGGAAAAGGAAGAAAAUGCAUAUUUGAAGUCUGAAGUAAUAUCCCUUCAAGAAGUAUCAGAAAAGGCACAGGUUUUGAAUGACCAACUGACUAAAAAGUGUACAGAGCUGAACAGCAUGCUUCAGACUGUUAAAAUGGAAAAUGCCAGAAUCAUUGCUGACCAUCAAGCAAUUUUGCAGGUAGAACAAAAAAUGAUGACUCAGACAUUUCAAGAACAAAACUUACUACUGGAUGCAGCCCAUGCCAGUAUCACAAAAGAGUUACAGAUGGUUCAGAAUGAGAAAACCCAACUCCAAGCACAUCUGGACCAUUUAACCCUUGAACAUAACCAGUCUAUCCAAAAAGCACAGGAUGCCGAGAAGAAGACAGCUGUGCAAAAAGAGCUACUAGAGUUAACUAUUGCAAGGUUGCGAGGUGAAUUGAAUGCAUCAAUGCAAGAGAAGAAAUCUCUGCUAGAGGAGAAAGAAAAACUUCAGAAAGAGGUUAACAAAGCAGAGAAAGAAAUAGCACAAGAAAAAUGCAAUCUGGAAAAGGAAUUGGCUAAAAACAAGGUAGACAUAAAUACAUUAACCCACAACUUGCAGACUGUAGAGGAAAAGAAUAAGCAACUGGCAGAUCAAAUGGCUUCUCUAGAACUUCAGCAAAUCACUUCUGAUUACCAUGGGCUUGCCCAACAACAGGUCGAUAAGGUCUUGGGAAAAAUCACUGAAAGUAAAAAUAAACUGGCCUAUGAAAAGGGACAACUCCAGGAUGGUGUAAAGAAGUUUCUUUGUUGUAGAGGAUUUCAACUGUAUUGAUAAAAGUUAAACAGCUAGAAGAACAACUACACUCUUUU